UUGUGUGUGGGUAAAGAGAGACUGGCCUCCUUCCGACUUUGUUUCUCAUUUCCUUCCCAGAAAUAAUCCAAUAAGAAACCUUUGCUAAGAUAUAUCACUCUAAGAAGUAGACGAGAGAGAUAGAGAGAGAGAUGGGAAUCUGCUUUCCUAAGCCUACGGCGGCGGAGCGUAAGAUUUACAGCGGCGCCGACGCCAAACCUGCUGGUGCCACCCCAGUUCAUAGUCAUGCAAAGUCAAUCAAGAAUCCUAAUCCCCACGCCGCCACCACGAAUAUUGUUCAGCACCGUGCAUCGCCGCCUAACGGAGGCAGAAACGGCAAAGGUGUUCGGGCAAGUGGCCAUAUUAUUACUCCAAACUUGAAAAUGUUCACCUUUGCAGAACUGGAAAGUGCUACAAGAAAUUUCAGAGCUGAUAAUUUUUUGGGAGAAGGAGGUUUUGGAAAGGUUUUUAAAGGUUGGAUUGAUGAGAAAACUUACUCGCCUUCAAAAUUUGGUGUUGGAAUGCCUGUUGCUGUCAAGAAAUCAAAUCCAAAUAGUGAUCAAGGACUAAAAGAAUGGCAGGCAGAGGUAAAAUUUUUGGGAAAAUUUUGCCAUCCUAAUCUUGUGAAACUAUUAGGUUACUGUUGGGAGGAUAGACAAUUUCUUUUGGUUUAUGAAUACAUGGAGAAGGGAAGUUUAGAAAGUCACCUUUUCAGAAAGGAUGCAGCAGAAACUUUUCCUUGGGAUACAAGGAUUAAAAUAGCAAUAGGAGCAGCCAAAGGACUUGCAUUUUUGCACACAACCGAGAAGAAGGUUAUAUUUCGAGAUUUUAAGGCCUCCAACAUAUUGCUUGAUAGGGACUUCAAUGCAAAGCUUUCAGAUUUUGGAUUAGCUAAGUUAGGUCCGACGAACGGUAAAUCACACGUUACAACACGAAUUAUUGGCACAUAUGGAUAUGCAGCUCCUGAGUACAUGGCCACAGGUCAUUUAUACUUGAAGAGUGAUGUCUAUGGAUUUGGGGUGGUUUUACUCGAGAUAUUAACAGGCCUAAGAAUUUUUGAUACGAAUAGGCCCAAUGGAAAUCACAAUUUGAUAGAUUGGGCCAAGCCUUUCCUACCAAAUAAAAAGAAGUUGAAAAAAAUAAUAGAUCCAAGGCUGCAAAAUCAAUACCCUUCAAAAGGUGCAUCUCAAAUAGCAGAACUCAUACUUAGGUGUCUCGAGUCAGACCAGAAAUGCAGGCCAGACAUGGAAGACGUUUUGAAGAGUUUGGAACAAAUUAAUACAAUCAAAAUGAAAUUGAGAGAGUCAAAUUCCGAAGGUAGACACAAAAAGCAGCACGCGACUGACCAUCACGGCCGGUCUCCUCAUUUGACUUACCGGUAGCAAAAUAUGGAAACUUGAUUGGGUUAUCUAGCUUUAAUUUGUCUCAAUCAAAUCGUUAAACUUCAAUUUAUUGUCAAUGUCAAUCACUUCAUUUGUCCCCGUUAAUGAAUGUAAUGUCACAAUCCUACCUAGAAUUGGUUUCAUCAUGGCAAUUACUUUUCCUAUUUAUCUACAUGUAUAUCAUAACUUACAAUUUUGUUUACUAA